AUGAAGUUCCUCCUCCCGCUCGCCCUGGUCGCCGGCGCCCUGGCCGCCUCCAUCCCGGCCCCCGUGUGCCCCGCCACGGGCUGCUACAGAGACGACGACAGCCCGACGUGCCGGAAGCCGGGCCAGGUGUGCGAGAUGUACAUCAAGCGCGCGACCUCGUGCCCUUACCGCUGCGACGGACCCGUGCCGCCGGGGUGCAAGUCCCGCUGCAAGCCGUGCCCCGAGGAGCAGAAGAAGACGACGGGCUGCCCGCUCAUCUGCGAGUGCGAGAUUCACUGCACGGGUGGGCCGUGCCUCGACGCGUACCGCAGCCAGCAGCCCCAGCAGCAGCAGUGA